CGUCUUAUAUUGACGUGAAAAAAAAUGGUAUAGUUAUAGAGUUUCUUGCUAAAACUUUGGGUCGCAAUAGGGAUUUUCUAAAAGCUGUGGAAAAGUAUAAUCCGAUUAUAAUUCCGGUUCAUAGUAAUCAAUUAAAAAAUAACAUCGAUGACAUACAAUUUCGAAAAAGAGACAAUAGAAUAAAGCCACUAAUUGCAG